GAGUCGAAGCCCUCAGUCUUCCACUCAGCUCUCGCGGGCCAAGCACGGUCAAGGCUUAACUAAACCAAAACCCUAGACAGCCAGAACCUCUGCAAAGUUAAACCAUCUCUCCCUUCCGAAGCUCCAGUCAUGUAUGGAGGAGAUGAAGUAUCGGCUAUAGUUAUCGACUUGGGCUCUCACACCUGUAAAGCCGGUUACGCCGGUGAAGAUGCUCCCAAGGCCGUCUUUCCUUCUGUUGUUGGGUCAAUUGAUCAAAUGGAUGUUGAUGACUCUGGAAAUGCUGAAAGAAAUAGCGGUUCUGGUAUGGAUUCUAAGAACAAUGUUGAUUCGAACAAAGGGAAGGGAAAACGGAAAUUAUAUGUAGGAACUCAAUCCUUAGGAUAUCGCCGUGAUCAUAUGGAGGUUUUAUCACCCUUUAAGGAUGGAAUUGUUGCUGACUGGGAUAUUGUGGAUAGUAUAUGGGAUCACGCACUUAGGGAAUGUUUGUUAGUUGACCCCAAAGAGCAUCCAAUGCUACUUGCAGAACCAUCUUCAAACACUCAACAACAGAGAGAAAGGGCGGCUGAGCUGAUGUUUGAAAAGUACAAAGUUCCAGCCUUAUUUUUGGCAAAGAAUGCUGUUCUCACUUCUUUUGCAUUAGGGCGUGCUACCUCUCUAGUUGUUGAUUGUGGUGGAGGGUCAACUACAGUGGCCCCAGUACAUGAUGGAUAUGUUCUUCAGAAGGCAGUUGUGACUUCUCCUAUAGGAGGAGAAUUUUUAACUAAUUGCUUGAUGCAAAGCUUGGAGAGCAAAGGAAUCACAAUAAAACCUAGAUACUCUUUCAAGAGAAAAGAGAGUCGUCCUGGUGAAUUUCAGAUAGUAGACCUUGAUUUUCCAAAUACCACUGAAAGCUACAAACUCUACUCUCAGAGGGUGAUUGCAAGUGAUAUCAAGGAAUGUGUGUCUCGAGCUCCAGAUACUCCAUAUGAUGAAAGUGCAUAUUCAAACAUUCCAAUGACCCCGUAUGAGCUUCCUGAUGGCCAAACAAUUGAAAUUGGAGCUGAUAGAUUUAAGAUUCCUGAUGUUCUCUUCAAUCCAUCCUUAGUUCAGACAAUUCCGGGUAUGGAGAAUUAUGCAGACAUUGCUUCUUCCUUCCGUGGUUUGCCACAAAUGGUUAUAGAGAGUAUUAACAGGUGUGAUGUGGAUAUUCGAAGAGAAUUGUUUAGCAGUAUACUGCUUGCCGGUGGGACAGCAUCGAUGCAACAGUUGAAGGAACGUCUUGAGAAAGACUUGCUAGAGGAGUCUCCUCAAGCUGCAAGGGUCAAAGUAGUAGCCAGUGGAAAUGCAACAGAAAGGAGAUUCAGUGUUUGGAUUGGAGGGAGUAUAUUAGCAUCCCUUGGUUCAUUCCAGCAAAUGUGGUUUUCUAAAUCCGAGUAUGAGGAGCAUGGAGCUUCAUAUAUACAAAGGAAAUGCCCUUAAGAUGAUUUUGGGACACCUGUAAUUCUGAAAAACUCUCGUGAUUUUAAAGCACAUUCUGCCGACUGUCCUUCUUAGGUUUCAAUUAACUUCUCGAUCCUCUAGGUGUGUGCUGUUUUAGCUUUUAGGCCAAUGUCUGCUUAUAUCAGAAAGCAUUAAGUUGUGUAUCAUUAUUCUGUGAAAAAGACUUGGUUGAUAAUUUAUUGCUUUGAACUA